AUGGCCGUGCCAGGGAUCCGCUAUCAAGACAGCUCCCUCAUCCUCCCCUCGCUGACUCUCCUUAUGUUGCCUGUAAGGCCGGGGGAGGACGAGUCCACAGCGUUGUGGAUCAGUCUCCACGCCGGGGAAAAUGAGACACCGCCAAAGUUUUUAAGAACCCCCAAUGACCAAACGGGAGUCCAAGGCGGCGUGGCAUCGUUCAUAUGUCAGGCGACUGGGGAUCCCCGGCCCAAGAUCGUAUGGAACAAGAAGGGGAAGAGAGUGAGCAACCAGAGAUUUGAGGUGAUAGAGUUUGACGAUGGUUCAGGCUCAGUUCUGAGAAUCCAGCCUUUACGUACGCCACGGGACGAAGCCAUAUACGAAUGUGUGGCCUCCAACAGUGUUGGAGAGACGAGCGCCAGCACACGGCUGACUGUUUUACGUGAGGACCAGCUGCCCGCUGGGUUCCCCACCAUAGACAUGGGCCCUCAGCUCAAGGUGGUGGAGCGGACGCGCACCGCCACCAUGCUCUGCGCGGCCAGUGGCAACCCCGACCCAGACAUCACCUGGUUCAAGGACUUCCUGCCGGUCAACACGUCCAGCAACAACGGACGAAUCAAACAGCUCCGCUCAGAAUCCUUUGGUGGUACACCAAUAAGAGGAGCCCUCCAGAUCGAGCUGAGCGAGGAGUCGGACCAGGGGAAGUACGAGUGUGUGGCCACCAACAACGAUGGCACCCGCUACUCCGCCCCGGCUAACUUAUACGUCAGAGAGCUGCGAGAAGUGCGUCGGGUUCCCCCUCGCUUCUCCAUCCCUCCGACGGACAGCGAAAUAAUGCCGGGCGGCAGCGUCAACAUCACGUGCGUGGCGGUGGGCUCACCCAUGCCCUACGUCAAGUGGAUGCUGGGCUCUGAGGACCUGACCCCAGAGGACGACAUGCCCAUUGGCCGCAACGUGCUGGAGCUCACUGACGUGGUGCAGUCGGCCAACUACACCUGCGUCGCCAUGUCCACACUGGGCGUCAUCGAGGCCAUGGCUCAGAUCACUGUCAAAGCUCUACCCAAGCCUCCAGGGGUCCCCGUGGUAACUGAACGCACGGCGACCAGCAUCACCCUCACCUGGGACUCUGGCAACCCAGAGCCUGUCUCCUACUACAUCAUCCAGCACAAGUCCAAGAACUCCGAGGACCCUUACAAGGAGAUUGACGGCGUGGCCACCACCCGCUACAGCGUCGGCGGCCUCAGCCCAUACUCCGACUACGAGUUCCGCGUGGUGGCGGUCAACAACAUUGGCCGCGGGCCGUCCAGCGACGCCAUCGAAGCCAAGACGGCAGAGCAGGCGCCCAGCACGGCGCCACGGCAGGUCCGAGGCCGCAUGCUUAGCGGCACCACGGCCAUCAUCCAUUGGGACGAGCCCGAGGAGGCCAACGGUCAGAUCAUGGGCUACCGGGUCUACUACACCAGCGAGCCCACGCAUCAGGUCAACCAGUGGGAGAAGCAGAUAGUCCGGGCCUCCAACUUCCUCACCAUCCAAAAUCUGACACCAAACAAGACAUACUACAUCAAGGUGCUGGCCUACACGUCAGUGGGAGACGGACCACUGUCCUCUGACCUACAGAUUAUCACCAAGACAGGAGUUCCAUCCCAGCCGACGGACUUCAAGGCGGAGGCUAAGUCUGAGACAAGUGUCCUGCUGUCUUGGGUAGCGCCCUCUCAGAAUGGACAGGACAAUCAAAUUAUGGGAUAUGAGCUGCUGUACAGGAAGAAGGAUGAGAAAGAAGAGAAGCGGGUGAGCUUUGAGCCCACGACCACCUACCUGCUGAAGGACUUGAAGCCCUUCAGCACCUACACGUUCCAGUUAGCGGCUCGCAGCAAACACGGCGUGGGAGCCUACACCAAUGAGAUCUCAGCUGAGACGCCCCAGACACAACCCUCAGCUCCACCUCAGGAUGUCAAGUGCUCUAGCCAGAGUUCCACCAACAUUCUGGUAAGUUGGCGGCCACCCCCCAUGGAACUUCAAAACGGAAUCAUUACCAAGUACGCCAUCCAGUACGGCGCCACGGAGGGAGAAGACUUGGCCACAAGGCAAAUCUCGGACAUCCCCCCGGAAUCCACCCAGUACCUCUUGGAAAACUUGGAAAAAUGGACAGAGUACCGCGUGACCGUGACCGCCCACACUGACGUAGGGCAGGGCCCCGAAAGCUUGCCCCAACUCAUCCGAACAGAGGAGGAUGUGCCCAGUGGCCCCCCUCGCAAAGUUGAGGUGGAGCCCGUCAACUCCACGUCAAUAAAAGUGAUGUGGCGCUCACCAGUGUCCAACAGGCAGCACGGGCAGAUCCGCGGAUACCAGGUGCACUAUGUCAGGAUGCUAAAUGGGGAGGCCAUGGGACAGCCAAUUAUCAAGGACAUCCUGAUAGACGAUGCUCAGUGGGAAUAUGAUGAUUCCACCGAACAUGAGAUGGUCCUUGUUGACCUGCUGGCUGAGACCACAUACUCUGUCACCGUAGCUGCCUACACCACUAAGGGCGAUGGGGCCCGUAGUAAGCCCAAGCUGGUCACCACCAUGGGUGCAGUUCCCGAGCGCCCGCGCCUUAUGGUGAGUGCCACCAACAUGGGCACGGCCCUUCUCCAGUGGCACCCGCCGCCCAACACGCAUGGCACCCUCCUCGGCUAUCGCCUGCGCUUCGGCCGCAAGGACGUGGAGCCGCUGACCGUCAUCGAGUUCCCCGAGCGCGAGAACCAUUACACCACCAAGGAGAUCCACAAGGGCGCCUCGUACGUCUUCCGCCUGUCCGCCCGCAACAAGGUGGGCUUCGGGGAGGAGACGGUCAAGGAGAUCAGCACGUCCGAGGACGUGCCCAGCGGCUACCCGCAGUCCAUCGCCGCCGAGGCGGCCACCGCCACCACCAUCCAGGUGAGCUGGCGGCCAGUCCUGCUGGCCGAGCGCAACGGCGCCAUCGCGAGGUACGCACUGCAGUACAAGGACAUCAACAGCCCGCAGAGCCCGUCCGAGCUCUUCAUCAAGGCACCCGAGUCCACCGUCACGCUGGACGGCCUGCGCGCUGACACUACGUACGAUAUCAAAAUGUGUGCCUUCACCAGCAAGGGCCCUGGCCCGUAUAGCCCCAGUGUCCAGUUCAGAACACAGCCCGUCGAUCAAGCAGUGUUUGCAAAACACUUCCAUGUGAAAGCUGCCACGAAGACCUCGGUGCUGCUGACGUGGGACAUUCCCGACAACUACAACGCCGCUCAACCGUUCACCAUCCUCUACGACAAUGGCCAGAGCGUGGAAGUGGACGGCCGUCUCACCCAGAAGCUGAUCACCAACCUCCAGCCGGAGACCCAGUACUCCUUCCUGCUGACCAACCGUGGCAACAGCGCCGGCGGGCUGCAGCACCGCGUGACGGCCAUGACGGCGCCGGACAUCCUGCGCACCAAGCCCACGCUGGUGGGCAAGACCAACUCCGACGGCAUGGUCACCGUGCAGCUGCCCACGGUGCAGACCGCCGAGAAAGUCAGGGGCUACUACAUCGUGGUGGUGCCGCUGAAGAAACGCACAGGGAAGUUUGUGAGGCCUUGGGACAGCCCGGAUGAGAUGAACCUAGAGGAGCUGCUGAAUGAGAUCAACCGGACAAGCCGAGCGCUCCGUUUCCGGCGUCAGGUUGAGUCCAAGCCGUACAUCGCCGCCUACUUCAAGGACCUGCCCACAGAGUUCACACUGGGCAACGGCCAGAGCUACGGAGACUUCGAGAACAAGAAGCUGCACAAUGGACAGGAGUACAUCUUCUUUGUCUUAGCCGUGCUGGACAUCUCUGAAAACACCAUGUACUCGACCAGCCCGUACUCGGACCCUGUGGUGUCGGCGGACAUCGAUCCCCAGCCCAUCAUCGACGAGGAGGAGGGCCUGCUGUGGGUCGUGGGUCCCGUCCUCGCCGUGGUCUUCAUCAUCUGCAUCGUCAUCGCCAUCCUGCUCUAUAAGAGCAAACCAGACAGGAAACGUGCCGAGUCGGAGGCCAGGAAAGGAAGCCUGCCGCACAGCAAGGAGUUGCCCUCGCACCACCCCACUGACCCCGUGGAGCUGCGCCGGCUCAACUUCCAGACGCCAGGUUCAGGCGUGUGCGGUUAUCCCAGUAACCUCCAUUUGUCAAGCAUGGCUAAUCAUCCUCCCAUCCCCAUACUGGACCUGGCUGACCAUCUGGAGAGACUCAAAGCCAACGACAACCUCAAGUUCUCCCAGGAGUACGAGUCCAUUGAUCCUGGACAGCAGUUCACCUGGGAGCACUCCAACCUGGAAGUGAACAAGCCCAAGAACAGAUAUGCCAAUGUCAUCGCCUACGAUCACUCCAGAGUCUUACUCUCAGCUAUCGAUGGUAUACCAGGCAGUGAUUACAUCAAUGCCAACUACAUUGACGGCUACCGGAAGCAGAAUGCCUACAUCGCCACGCAGGGGUCGCUCCCGGAGACGUUCGGAGACUUCUGGAGGAUGAUCUGGGAACAGCGCAGUGCCAACAUCGUCAUGAUGACCAAGCUGGAGGAGAGGUCCAGGAUGCCUUCAUAUUUCUUCUCCAAGGUGAAAUGCGACCAGUACUGGCCAACCAGAGGGACGGAGACCUAUGGCCUUAUCCAAGUAACUCUGCUGGACACAGUGGAGCUGGCUACCUACUGCGUCAGGACCUUCGCCCUCUAUAAGAAUGGCUCGAGUGAAAAGCGGGAGGUGCGGCAGUUCCAGUUUACAGCCUGGCCUGACCACGGAGUGCCCGAGCACCCCACACCGUUCCUGGCCUUCCUGCGCAGGGUGAAAGCCUGCAAUCCUCCAGACGCUGGACCCAUGGUGGUACACUGCAGUGCGGGCGUUGGCCGUACGGGCUGCUUCAUCGUGAUCGACGCCAUGCUGGAGCGCAUCAAGCACGAGAAGACGGUGGACAUCUACGGGCACGUGACGCUGAUGCGCGCCCAGCGCAACUACAUGGUCCAGACGGAGGACCAGUACGUGUUCAUCCACGAUGCACUGCUGGAGGCCGUCACCUGCGGCAACACGGAGGUGCCCGCCCGCAACCUCUACACCUACAUCCAGAAGCUCACGCAGAUCGAGACGGGCGAGAACGUCUCCGGCAUGGAGCUCGAGUUCAAGCGCUUGGCCAACACCAAAGCCCACACCUCCCGAUUCAUCAGUGCCAAUCUGCCCUGCAACAAGUUCAAGAACCGCCUUGUCAACAUCAUGCCAUACGAGUCCACGCGAGUCAGUCUGCAGCCCAUCCGCGGGGUGGAGGGCUCCGACUACAUCAACGCCAGCUUCAUCGACGGAUACAGGCAACAGAAGGCCUACAUCGCCACGCAAGGCCCUCUGGCCGAGACCACCGAGGACUUCUGGAGAAUGCUGUGGGAGCACAACUCCACCAUCGUGGUCAUGCUGACCAAACUCCGAGAGAUGGGACGGGAAAAAUGCCAUCAGUAUUGGCCAGCGGAGAGGUCUGCCCGCUACCAAUACUUUGUGGUGGACCCUAUGGCCGAAUACAACAUGCCUCAGUACAUCCUGAGGGAGUUCAAAGUCACCGACGCCAGGGAUGGACAGUCGCGGACGGUACGUCAGUUCCAGUUCACCGACUGGCCCGAACAGGGAGUGCCAAAAUCGGGAGAGGGCUUCAUCGACUUCAUCGGCCAAGUGCACAAAACGAAAGAGCAGUUCGGCCAAGACGGACCCAUCUCGGUCCAUUGUAGUGCUGGCGUGGGCAGGACCGGUGUCUUCAUCACUCUCAGUAUAGUGUUGGAGCGGAUGAGGUACGAGGGCGUGGUGGACAUCUUCCAGACGGUGAAGAUGCUCAGGACGCAGAGACCUGCCAUGGUACAGACAGAGGAUCAGUAUCAGUUCUGCUAUCGAGCAGGCUUGGAGUACCUUGGGAGCUUUGAUCACUAUGCAACGUAAGAGUCUCGCUCCGGGUGGGCGGGGGCAAACCAGACAGGCCUUGUGAGGAGCCAGAGCGUCUCUACUGAGCCAUAACUCCCUGCUUGCGACAAGUACUUCUUUACUCAACUCCUAGGGUCAAGACUUACGUGUUGGGCGACGAACCCAAACCUAAAAAAAAAAGAUUAUUAAAUAAUUGAGGAUAGACAAUUCCAUGCGGACCAAGAUUAACCCCCUCACAACUCUCAGUAGAACCUCCACACUUCCCCCUACCAUCAAACCCUUCAUGUCCCCUGCCUAUUCCAACAAGAAAAUCCCCA